AUGGGCACUGAGGGACUCCUGUCCCCUCAGAUGCUGUGGCUGCUCCUCUGGGUACAGCUGUGCAGGGGGGCUGCGGAGGUGAGGCUGGCGGAUGGCGGCAGGCGCUGUGCUGGGAGAGUGGAGGUGAAACACAAUGACGAGUGGGGGACCGUGUGUGAUGACUACUGGAGCAUGACCGAUGCGGCAGUGGUUUGUAAGCAGCUGGGCUGUGGGUCUGCUGUUGGAGCUCCUCAGUAUGGACAGUUUGGGGCAGGAUCUGGCCCCAUUUGGGUGGAUGAUGUUGGCUGUAAUGGCACCGAGUCUGCCCUGUCUGACUGCAAACACAGCGGAUGGGGUGAACAUAACUGUGGCCACAGUGAGGAUGCUGGAGUGAUGUGUUCAGGUGCUGUGGAGGUGAGGCUGGCGGAUGGCGACAGGCACUGUGCUGGGAGAGUGGAGGUGAAACAACAGGACCAGUGGGGGACCAUCUGUGGUGACUACUGGAGCAUGAACAAUGCGGCAGUGGUUUGUAAGCAGCUGGGCUGUGGGUCUGCUGUUGGAGCUCCUCAGUAUGGACAGUUUGGGGAAGGAUCUGGCCCCAUUUGGAUGGAUGAUGUUGGCUGUAAUGGCACUGAGUCUGCCCUGUCUGACUGCAAACACAGCGGAUGGGGUGAACAUAACUGUGGCCACAGUGAGGAUGCUGGAGUGAUGUGUUCAGGAUUUGUCCGGCUGGUGGAAGGGAAGAGCCGCUGCUCAGGACGUGUGGAGAUCCGUGAUGGGGACCAGUGGAAAACUGUCUGUGAUUCACAUUUUAGUCCCAAAGCUGCUGACGUGGUCUGCAGGGAGUUGCAGUGCGGCGUGCAUGAAAAUAGUGCAGAAGGAGAAGAAAGGCAUUCUGUCACUCUGGCGUCUCCGCCAGCUACUGAGGAAUACACAGGGUUCAGGCUGGUGAACGGCAGCACAGCGUGUGCAGGGAGGGUAGAGGUCCAGGUGCUGGGGACCUGGGGGACCCUCUGUGCCUCCCGCUGGGAUCUGUCGGAUGCCCACGUUCUCUGUCGUCAACUCAACUGUGGGUUUGCUGAGUCCAUUCCUGGAGGAGAGAAUUUUGGGAGAGGGACUGACCCUGUCUGGAGAGACUCAUUCCACUGUGACAGGACAGAAGCCCACCUGGGACAGUGCCCAGUGAUCACCCUGGGGGCCUCACCAUGCUCCCAAGGGAACAACGCUGCUGUCGUUUGCUCAGGCUCAGCCGGCUUUGCAUCCCUGCGGCUGGCGGGUGGAGGGAGCCGGUGCGAUGGACGAGUGGAGAUCUUCCAGAAUGGGACGUGGGGCAGAGUCCUGGAUGACCAGUGGGACGUGCAGGAGGCCAGCAUGGUGUGCCGGCAGCUGCGGUGUGGAGAGGCAGAGAAAGCCUACAACCCCCCAAAGCCCCAGAGAGGGUCGGGUCCCGUGGGGCUGCGAGGGGUCCGGUGCGCAGGGCACGAGGCCAACCUGACCCUCUGCAACACCUCCCUGCCCGAGAGUUCACCGUUGGCAGGGGUUGUGGAGGACGUGGGAGUCAUUUGCUGGGGGAGCCGGAGGGUCCGGCUGGUGAACGGGUCCGGGCGCUGCGCUGGGAGAGUGGAGAUCUACUACCAGGGCAUCUGGGGGACUGUCUGUGACGAUGGCUGGGACCUGUCUGAUGCCGCCGUCGUUUGCCACCAGCUGGGCUGUGGAGGGGCAGUGGAGGCAGCCAGCUCCCCUCGGUUUGGGACAGGCUCCGGGCAGAUCUGGCUGGAUGGCGUGAACUGCUCCGGGGCCGAAGCUGCUCUCUGGGACUGCCCUGCCAGGCCCUGGGGGCAGCACGACUGCGGGCACAAAGAGGAUGCGGGAGUCAUCUGCUCAGAGUUCGUGGCCCUGAGGCUGGAGAACAGUGAUGGCUGCUCCGGGCGCCUGCAGGUUUUCUACAACGGGACGUGGGGCAGCAUUUGCUCCAACUCCAUGACUCUCGACACAGUGUCGCUGGCAUGCAAGGAGCUGGGCUGCGGGGAUGGAGGAUCCCUGGAAACACAGCUGCCUUAUGGAAGGGUGUCUGGCCCUACGUGGCUGGAUAACAUGCAGUGUGGGGAGAAAACCAGCUCCUUCUGGCAGUGUCCCUCUGCUCCCUGGAACCCACGGUCAUGUGAAGACCUGAGAGAGGAGAUCCACAUCACCUGCAAUGGGAGACGCCCAGAAAUGCCCUCGAUCCCGCUGGCCCCGUGCCCCAACACCACGACGUGCACAGACAGGGAGAAGAUUCGUGCCGUGGGAGGUGAGGACGGGUGCUCGGGCAGAGUGGAGGUGUGGCACCGUGGCUCUUGGGGGACGGUGUGCGACGACUCCUGGGACAUGCGGGAUGCUGAGGUGGCGUGCAGGCAGCUGGGCUGUGGCCCCGCAGUGUCUGCCCUGCAUGAGGCUGCGUUUGAUGGGGACGGCCCCAUCUGGCUGGAGCAGGUGGAGUGCCGGGGGACAGAGCUGUCUCUGCAGGACUGCUGGGCCCGGCCUGGGGAUGGCGGUGCUUGCCGGCAUAAGGAAGAUGCUGCCGUGAACUGCUCAGGUGAGAUAGCAGCAUCCCCACCACGAGCAGAUUCCCCCCGGGGCCAUCUGAGUGGCAGUGGGAGAGUCUCAGUGCCUGUCAUCAUCUGCAUCAUCCUGGGGGCCCUUCUCUGCCUGCUCCUGGCCCUCCUGGCUGGGCAAGCACUAAGCAGCAGGGCUGGGCGCAGAGGCUCCAGGAGUGCUCAGGAGCCCUUCCCUGAGGCCCUGUACGAGGAGAUCGGUUACAGCCCAGUGUGGGAGAAGCAGGCGAGGUUUCGUCGCUCAGUGACACCCGCGGAGUGA